AUGGCUGUGACUUUACACGAACCAUUUGAAGUUGAUACAAAAAUUACCACUAUUGAAAACCAAAAUAAUUUAUUCAAAAUUGGUAUUACUAUACCUAUAGAACUUGAAGAAAAGGCACAAUUAAUUAGUAAUUCUUUCAGUAAUGGUAAAGGAAUUGAUGGAAACGGAGAGUUGAGCGAAAUCAAAGAAUCAUUAAAAGACGACGAAUGUGAUGAAAAUUCUUCUUCUAGUGAUCUGGAGGAUAAUAAGAAAAACAAAUUAACUGAAAAAAUUCUUAUCACUCAUCAAGGAAUAGGUAUAUCGUUAUAUAACGUAAAUGGACUUCAGUUGCUGAAUUGGCCUAUUCCACCAAAGUACAUCUUGACUUCACCAGCGAAAUGUAUAAUAAACAAAGGGAAAUGUUUAGUAUAUAGUAUUAUUCACAAUGAUACACCAGAAAACAUAGACAAUGUAGUUUGGCUAUGGAAAAGUGUUCUUCCUAAGAAUAAUAUAGUAGGCUCUAAUGAUAAUUCAGAGACAGUUGGAAGGUUUGAGAGACCGAUAUUUUCACUUGAAAUAUCACCACUCCUUCCGAAAAGAAUUAUUUUAAUAAAUCAAGGUGGAUCUGUUUCAAUAAUGGAUAAGAAUCUAAAGCUUAUGAAAUCAUUUUGUCAUUUUCCAGAAACAUCAAUAAUUAUUUUCACAUUAUUAUCAAUAACAGAAGAGAAUUCUGAUUCUGUUCAUCCAAAGCUUUUAAAGUUGAACUUCUUUUGGAUUGAUACUCAAAUAUCAAAUGACUGUAACAUUCUUUGUACUCUUACUCUCAAAACGGAAAUUCCUACAACAUCUAAUUUUAAUCCAUUAACUGGAAAAUUAUUUUUACUAGAAAAUUCGAUCAUUAGAUUGGAUGGAAUUCUACCGUUCUCUAAAAUAUCAAAUGAAAAAAUUCAAGAAAGUCAUGUCGUCGAAAUUGCACCACUUUCUGAAUCAUAUUUAGCACUCGUGGGAAUGAAGAAAACUUCUGAAUCAAUCGAUCAAGUAUUAACCAUAUGGGAUAUACAAUAUGGAACAAUACAAGCCGAACAUUUUGUCAAGUCAAAUUUAAAAGAUCAAAAAAAUGUUACAUCUAUUUCACCUUAUCAAUUUCAGCUUAUCGUCGAACCUAAACAUAAUUUGAUAUUGGUCUCGUUUAGUAAAAUGAUUCCAGGAAAAUCGAAUUCUUUUAAAUUAUCAAGUUUUCUUUAUCGAUAUAAUCAUGAACCCAUGACUUUGUUGAGUGCAUUGAAUCGCAUGAAUAGUACUUCCGAAUAUUUGAAUUUAGGUGAAGGAGAUGAAAAAGGUUUCGGUAUUAUAAAAUUUGGAUUUCACCAUGUUCUAGAAAAAAUAGAAAAACCCGUCGUAAAUGAUUUAAUUAAAAAUAUGAGAUAUUUACGAAAAUACGAAUCGAACUUUCUCAAAAAACUUUUAAAUGCAGAAAGAACCUCAACUCCUGAAAAAUUUUCGCAAUCAUUUAAUAAAUACGUACGUAAUAAAAGUUGGGAAGAUUUUAAAUCUUUUCUGAAAAAAAUAGGUCUAACAAAUAUUGACAAGUAUAAAGAAUUCGAGAAAGAUUAUUGGAAGAACAAUUUAGUCCCUUUAUUAAAAUCUAAACGUGUUCGAAGAAAAGAAUCAUCGAAAAAAGAGAAUAAUGAUUCUGAAGAUCAUGAAGAAGUGAACUUACAAUUAUGGCAGGAAUUAUGGAAAGAAAUGAAAACCAAUGAGGAAGAAGAAAUUAAAUCAAAACAUACUGAACGAAAAUUAUAUGAAUUUAUUAAAUCAGGUGAAAAAAUAAAACCAGAAUUAUCAUAUAAUUUUAUUCAAAAAAUUGUGGAUUAUUGUAUUUCACAAAAUUCAGAUGGUAAACCAAACAUGAAAUUUUGGGUACCAGAAGUUAUUCAAUACUUUAUUCAAAAUAACAUGAUAUCCAAUAGUAUUGUAAAAGGUGGAAUCGUCAAAACUUUAAUGGAUAGAGAGGAGUGGGAUUUGCUUCAAUUAGCACUUGUUAAUGUUCCUGAUAUACCUGAAAAAGAUCUUAUAUAUCUCCUUAAAUACUUAAUUUCAAAUGUAUCAAAUGACCAAAAUAAAAAAAAAGGAUUAUCUAUAACAAAAAUGCUUUUAUUGAUUAUCGAGUCACCACGAAAUGAUAAUAUGAUGAGAUGGAGUUUACGAGAAUUGACAGAAGGUGAAUUACUUGUUACGUUGAAAAAAUUAUGUGAUUGGAUUGAGAAACAUGAUCGUGCAGAUAUUACAUUUGAACCUAUUAGUAAGCAAAAUGAUCUUACUACUAUCACCACCAAACGAAAAGGAAAUUCAAAUUUCCAGAAGAUUAUAGAUUUUUUUGCAUUAAUUCUGGACAUACAUUUCACAUCAUUAAUCUUAAAUCGUCAAUUACAUCCACUUCUAAUUCGAUUAUCUAAUCGAAUAGCUUAUGAUGUAACAAUAUUUGAGUCAUUGGAAUCCAUGAGAUCUUGUCUUGAAUUAUACCAUAAAAAUAAUCUAAAGAAUGAGCAUCAAACCAAGAAGGCUGUAACUCUUUCAAUAGACGCAGAUAUUCCAGAAUACACAAUAGAAUUGUUUACAUUUUUUGGGGAUAAUAUCAACGAAAUUUAUAAUCCGAGAUUAGAUGAAAUUAAAAUAAAUGAAAAUGAACAAAAAACCUUUAUUAUAAAUGAGAUUUUAUAUAAUGGGGAAAUGGAAUUUGAUGAUAAAAGUGAUGAGGAAAAUUUAAACGAAAAUGAUGAUGAAACCAUGAAUGAAUUUUCGGAAGAUUCGGAAGAAACCAGCAUAGAAUUUAGUUAUGAUUCUAAUUAA